AUGUCGCGCGGCGGUGUCGAAGGAUCAUCCAUCGAUCCCAUGGAAGGCUCAGAGUCGAACAACAGCAUGUGUGAUCUUUUGAGGGAGGCGUUCUCGGCCACGGUCGCUCGCGACUAUGAGAAGGCAGUGUCGGUGGUUCGAUGUGCGGUGGCGACUGACUAUGCGUUCGGCGUUGAAGAUCUGGAACUCAUGGAUCACGUCUAUGCCUGCAUUCUCAACACAUCACAUUACGACGAAAGCGUGAUUGAGGUGUGCUGGGAAUGGAUUGACGCAUUGGAGCGUGCUCCUCGUUUGAAAGACCCUCGCGUCGUGUCCAGCUCUCAGCUGAGUAUCUACUAUGCUUACCACAUGAUUUCUCGAGUGCAGGAACGAAUGCCUCGUCGUGCAAACCAUACACAGGCGCGAGCGGACGCAUGGCGUCGAGUCAAACGUAGUUUUGACUAUCUGUGGUCAGCUGCUGUACAACUUUGGAAGCCUUUUGAAUUGGAUCGUCUCGACAUUCUGUGCAGCUGGUCCUAUUUAGCACUGCAGUUCUCCGACGCCGUCGACGAGGACACACUCGAACUUAUUGAGACAGCGAAAUGUCAAGCAGCGCAUGUCCUGGCCACUACAAUCGUUGUCGAGAACGCCCAUCAAGCAAAUCAACGAGUGGCAACGGUUGAGAGAAACCUCAAGGAGGCAAAAGCCUUGGCAGAGAAACUGGGAAAGAAGGUGAGACAUUAG